AUGAGUAUAACACUCAAUGGGAGAGGCUUUAGGGAGUCUGAAUUAGAUCACACUCUCUUCACCUUGACAGGACCUUCAGGGAUCAUUGUGAUUGUAGUGUAUGUGGAUGAUUUGAUUAUCACAGGGAGUGAUAAGGCUGGGAUUAAAGCCACUAAAGAGUUCCUCAAGUCUGUGUUUGAUAUCAAAGACUUGGGAGAGAUGAAGUAUUUUCUGGGCAUUGAGAUAUGCAGAUCAAAGGAGGGUUUGUUUAUGUCUCAAAGGAAGUAUACUAUGGAUAUGUUGAAGGAGACUGAUGUGCUUGGAGGAAAGAUAGCUAAGACACCCCUUGAGGAGGGAUAUAAAGUUCUGCGAGAGGGGGAGGUUGAAGAGAAGCAGCUGUUUGAAGAUCCAAAGCUAUACAGGAAGAUGGUUGGCAAGCUGAUCUACUUGACAAUCACCAGACCAGAUAUAUGUUUUGCUGUGAACCAAAUGAGUCAGCAUAUGCAGGCGCCAAAGGUCCAUCACUGGAAGAUGGUUGAUAGGAUACUGAGGUAUUUGAGUGGCACGCCUGGUCAAGGAGUUUGGAUGGGUUGCAAUGGCAGUACGGAAGUGGUUGGGUAUUGUGAUGCUGAUUGA